AUGGCGUGCUUCCUGGGGGGUCCGCUCCUGCUGCUGCUGGUGCUGUGGGCCUCUGCUGCUCAGCUUGAGGUCCUACUGCAGCCCGAUUUUGAUGCCCAAAAGUUCUCAGGCCUCUGGUUUGUGGUCUCCAUGGCCUCCGACUGCAAGGUCUUCCUGGGCAAGAAGGACCACCUGCUGAUGUCCACCAGGGCUGUGACUGCGGUGGCAGAUGGUGACCUCCGCGUGCACAUGGAGUUUCCGGGACCUGAAGGCUGUCGCCAGAAGGAUGCAGACUUCCUGAGGGUGGGCUCUCAAGGGCACUUCAGAGUUCCAGCCCUCGGCUACCUGGAUGUUCGUGUCGUGGAAACGGACUACAGCUCCUUCGCAGUGCUCUACAUCUACAAGGAGCUGGAGGGGGCACUCAGCACCAUGGUGCAGCUCUACAGCCGGAGCCAGGACCCAAGCUCACAGGCUGUGACAGCCUUCAGGGACUUCUACCCGACCGUAGGGCUCCCGGACGACAUGUCGGUCAUGCUGCCCAAAUCAGGUGGAUGCAUUGGAGCAGAGAAGGAGCAGUCUGGCCUGGUGAUCUGGGUAGAAGGCUCCCGGCUGUGCGUAGUGCCCGCACAAGCAUGA